AUGGAAAACUUUAAAAUUAUUACGUCUGAACGCGGAAAAGAGCUUGUAUUAUUAAAUAAUGAUAAAUAUUCAUAUACAACUUUCCAUUCGUCAAAUGGUAAACAUGUAAAUCAUGCAAGUAAUAACAACGAAAAAAUUGAAAGACAGAUUUUGAGGGAAAAUUGUAAGCGAAAAGCUGAAGAAAAUACAUCGACAAGACCGUUAAAAAUUAUUAGAACAGAGUUAUUAAACAGUGACUUACCAAAUAUUAUGAACAAUGAUAUUACAUCAGUACGAAAGGCGAUUUAUGAUAAAAAAAGAAAACAGUAUCCAAUUUAUCCUACUUCUUUAAAUGAAGCUAUAUCCCAAUUAAAAAAUAUACAAAAUAAUGAUUUAUGUAUGUUUAAAAGUGAACAAUUUGUUUUUGUUCCUGAAACAAAUGACUUCAUAAACGGAGAAUCAAAGUUGAGAAGUGCAUACAAAGACAACAAUGACGAAUUAGGUCAAUGGCUUAAAUUAUUUUUGGGUUUGCCUUUUCUACUUCCCACUGAUGUCGAUGAUGCGUUUACAAAACUUAUGGCAAUAUGUCCAGACUUAGAAGUUGGGAGUUUAUUUUCAGACUACGUGUUAAACACAUGCAUUGAAGAUGAUUCGCUAUUUCCUCCUAUUCUUUGGGCUCAAGUACCGUCAUUAAACCCAAGAACCACCAAUGGAGCAGAAAGUUUUCACAGAACUUAUAAUGGACAAUUUUACAGCACACAUCCUCCUACACAUGCAGUAAUUUCUAUUUUAAAGGAGACCCAAACACAAACCGUGGCAAUAAUCAACUCCAUUGAAAAUAAUAUUACAAAAACCAUGGCCAGCAAAGAUUAUAAUCGUAUUAUUUCAACAAUUAAUUUAUAUAAAGAGUUUGAACAAAAUAAGGACAUUAUAAGGUAUUUAAAAUUAACCGGAAAUAAGUACUUAGGAAAAAAAUAUUGA